CUAGAAAUAAUAAUAAUUAAAAAAAGCAAAUAAUGGUUCGUGUUAGUAAUUCCAUUGUCGUGUUUGUGAACACCAUGUUAUUGUUACUAGGAUUAAUUUCCUUGUUUCUCGGGAUUUAUUUCGUCAUCGUCAACAACGGCAGCAACAGCAGUAGCCAUUGCCGGAAAGUUUUAACAAAUCCACUGCUGAUACUUAGUGGGUUCUUAGUCACAGUUUCUUUGUCGGGGUUAAUCGGUUCAUUGUUUAAGAACAGCUGUUUCCUGUUCGUUUACUUGGGUGUCAUGUUUUUAUCCAUACUAUGUCUCAUCGGUUUCACCGUCUUCGUGUUCUUGAUCACCAACAAUGACGCUGGGAAAGUGUUUUCAGAGAAAGAAUUUUUCGUUAAGGAACGUAAAACAAUGGAUUUCUCGCAUUGGUUACAAAAUCAUUUCGUUAAUGAUAAGAAUUGGAAUCGGAUUAAGAGUUGUUUGAUUGAUGCUAGGGUUUGUACCAGUGGAAGCAAUGCUAAUGGAGUUAAUUAUAAAGCUUUGGUUUUUUUCAAAAAGACCUUCCCUGCAAUACAGGGUGGGUGCUGCAAGCCACCAAGUUCAUGUGGGUUCAAACCAAAGAAUGCAUCAUUUUGGGAAGUACCGAAAUCUGGUGCAGCCACAUCGGACCCUGACUGCAAAACAUGGAGCAACAACCCACGGGAGUUAUGCUAUGAUUGUAACUCAUGCAAAAGUGGGAUACUAGCCAACUUGAGAAAGGAAUGGAGGUCAUUAGCUUUCAUCAAUAUAAUUCUAGUUGUUUUCCUCUUCUUCGUUUAUUCUAUUGGUUGCUGUGCCAGGAGAAGCAAUCACAAAACUAACAUGAAAUAUAUCAGAGGCUUUGCUUAAUUAUUAUUAUUAUUAUCAUCAUCAUCAUCAUCGUAUGUAAUUACAAUUUUAGUCACUGAUGAUGUUCUUGAAUUUGUCUGUUGCCUUUUGAAUAGAUUUUGGAUGAUUUGAGAUUCAUUCACCUGUGUUAUUUAUCGAUUCUAAAUCAAUCCGAUUUGAAUGGAGUAAUUUUUAUUUUUUUAAAAAA